AUGAAGAUGAAGAUGAAGAAGAAGAAGAGAACUUGCCUCAAAUCUAUGAAAAAGAAGAAAAAGAGAACUUGUAUCAAAUCUGAUUUUUACUUACCAGAUGAUUGUUGGGAGUAUGUCUUCUCAUUCAUCAUCAAUCCAGUCGACGACAUAAAGAAACUCAAUUUUAAAUCCCUAUCUCUCGUCUCUAAACAAUUUCUCUCCAUCACCAACCGUCUCAUAUUCUCUAUGAAAAUUGAUCAUCUACAUCUUUCUUAUCUCCCUUGUUUCUUCCAUAGAUUCUCCAGCCUUAAUUCCCUUGAUCUCUCGUUCGGUUCUUGUUAUCUUGACUCCUCCCAUGCAGCCACUGCUUUGGCUCUCCGUGACAGAUCAACUUUGAAAUCUUUAUCUAUUUCCUGGAUUAUGCUGAUGGAUGCAAACCACACUACUUCACAUUACAUUGCUUCCUUCGUCAGUUUGAAGGGUUUGAAUUCUCUUAAGUUUUUGAGUUCACGCAUCUCUGAUGAUUUGCUUUACUCUAUCGCAAGAGAAGCUCUUCCUUUGAAGACUUUUGUUCUUCAAAAUUGUACCGGAUAUAGUUACCAAGGAAUUUAUGCUUUAUUAUCCGAGUGUUACUAG